AAUAAUUUUCUCAAAUAUCCUUUCCCCGAAUCCUAGAUUAUCAUGAUUUACAACCUUUCUUCUAAUUAUGUUGUGUGUUUAUCUUCAUUUUCUGCGAGAGGACACUUCAUUUUUGUGUAAGUUUGCAGCAGAGAGGAUCAACUCAGUAUAAGAGAAAAGAAACUUUUGUCGGUCUUGAAAACAACUUGUUGCAUUUUCCAUUUGGAUACAUGGCAUUUGUGAAACUUGGCUCGAAAUCCGAGGCCUUCCGUCGUGAAGGCCAGGCUUGGCAUUGCACAUCAGGCCUUCCCAGUGAUGUUACAAUUGAAAUUGGAGAAAUGUCCUUUUAUCUACACAAGUUCCCAUUGAUAUCAAGAAGUGGACUACUAGCAAAGCUAAUUAAAGAAUCAUGCAACGACGACGCAUCAGUUUGCAUCCUGCAGCUCAGUGACAUACCUGGUGGUGCUAAAGCAUUUGAGCUAGUAGCCAAAUUCUGUUAUGGUGUCAAAAUAGAACUAACUCCUUUAAACAUAGUGAGUCUUCGAUGUGCAUCGGAGUAUCUGCAAAUGAUAGAUGAAUAUAGUGAUGGAAAUCUCAUUGCACAAACGGAGGCUUUUCUUAACGAUGUUUUUGGGAAUUGGACAGAUACCAUAAAGGCUCUUGAAACAUGUGAAGAAGUUUUACCACAUGCUGAAGAGCUUCAUAUUGUGUCUAGAUGCAUAAACUCCUUAGCAAUGAAAGCUUGUACUGAUACAAAGUUGUUUAACUGGCCUAUGUCCGAAAAUGGUCACGAGGGUACCACAGGCGCGGAUGUGUGGAAUGGUAUAUGCACCGGAUCGAAUACACAGCCCGUGACCGAUGAUUGGUGGUAUGAAGACGUGUCGUUCCUUAGCUUACCUUUGUACAAACGGUUGAUUCAGGCGGUUGAAGCGGGAGGAAUGAGGCCGGAAAAUGUAGCGGGUGCCCUUGUGUUUUAUGCCAAGAAAUAUAUUCCCUUGAUGAAUAGACAAGCAAGUUUCAAGGAUGCUACUAGCCAUAAUAAAUCAGGGUCAACAAUUUCCACUCCAUCAGAGGCAGACCAAAGGGCACUUUUAGAGGAGAUAAUGGAGUUGCUACCAAAUCAGAAAGGAGUAACAGAAACCAGGUUUCUUCUUAGGCUGCUCCGUUCCGCUAUGAUAUUACAGGCGAGUCCAUCCUGCAGGGAAAACUUGGAGAGAAGAGUGGGAUUGCAGUUGGAUCAAUCCGCACUAGAUGACUUGCUAAUACCAAAUAUGGGAUAUUCAGUAGAGACUUUAUAUGACAUAGACUGUUUUCAGAGAAUUCUGGACCAUUUUAUAUCAAUAGACCAGGCUUCUUCUGCACCUUCUCCAUGUAUUAUGGAAGAAAACCAAUCGAUGGAAGGUUCACAUUCCUUGACUUCAUUAACAAGGGUGGCGAAUCUGGUGGAUUCAUAUCUUUCUGAGGUGGCGCCCGAUGUUAAUUUCAAGUUCCCGAAAUUUCAGUCUCUUGCUGCCACAAUCCCAGAUUUUGCAAGGCCACUUUCUGAUGGUAUCUAUCGUGCAAUCGAUAUAUAUUUGAAGGCACAUCCUUGGCUCACAGACUCAGAAAGAGAGCAAAUCUGCAGACUGAUGAAUUGCCAAAAGCUCUCGUUAGAAGCUUGCACACACGCUGCUCAAAACGAAAGGCUACCUCUUAGGGUCAUAGUUCAAGUCUUGUUCUUUGAACAACUUCGGCUACGUACAUCAAUAUCAGGAUGGUUCUUCGUCUCUGAUAAUCUUGACAACUCCCAAACUUCUCUCCGUGGAGGCAACUGUGACACAAACACAGGAAAUGGCAGAGGAUCAAGUAUCAAUGACAUGAGAGAGCGUGUUGCAGAGCUAGAAAAAGAGUGCAACAACAUGAAACAGGAGUUUAAGAAGGUGGUAAAAACGAAGAAAAAGUGGAACGUGUUUUGUGGAAGAAAAUCUGAGUGUGACUUGAAUUCAGUAAAGCCCUUGAAGCUACAUCCUCCACAUGUUAAUGAGCACAAAAAUCACAAAAAUGGAGACUCUAGUUGAAGCUGUACGUGGUUUACUGUGUUUUCUAUGUAUGCUAUGGUUUGCAAUCGUCCUGGUGUUUAACAAAUUGUUAACGUAUUGAGUAGAUAAUAGGCAUGUUCAAACAAAGAACAGUGGUGGACAGUGAAAUUUUGAGGUACUUAAAAGGGUGGAUUUCUUUAACUUUUAGGAAAAAUUUAGAAAAACAGAACUCAAGGUGCAAGUACAAUAAAAAAGCAGUUCAAUAAUUCUGGGAAAGUUUUUAUCUACAUGGGUAUUGGUCCGACAUUUGACAAAGACAAGAUUGAGGGUUUUUGUUAAUAGGAUGAGUGAAUUCUAUAUAUUUGUUUGCUCUUUCUGGCUAUGUGCUAUCAAUUGGAAUG